GAAACUGACUCUACGACAGGUGGAUCUUUUAAUACAGCGUUCUGCCGACAUCAUUUUUCACAACUUGACCAAACUGGAGGUUCUGGAAAUGUACCACUGCAGGAUUUACUCUUUAGAGGGGAGUUUAACUAAAGACUUGAAAUCUUUGAAAAGAGUGUAUUUGCAUAUAGAGAACAUUUAUAAUGUAUUCUACAGCUUUAUUGAACCUCUCUCUAGUCUUAAGCUUUUGACAUUUGAUAAUUUACAGAUGUUUUGCAGUUGUGACAAUGCUUGGCUCAUUACAUGGGCAAAGGGGUGCAGGCAGGUUGAAGUGAUCAUGCUUGGUCCGUAUGCUAAAACCGGUAUGUAUGCUUUGGAGGACUUGAUAUGCUUGUCGGACAAUGGAAUAGACACACCUAAUUUUGUCAAGUACACAGAAGCCAACUGCACAACAGAGGUUGGCUUUGUGCUCUUUGUUGCGACUGAACAGGAGUCCUGUUCUUCAUGCUGGUGGUGUUGGUCCAUAACCUGGCCGGCCCCUACCUCCUCCCCCUCUACCACAUCACCCUUGGCUGGCUGUUAGAAGCCAUGCGAUCCAACACCAGGGGGCGCUACCACUACGAUGCGUUUGUCUCCUAUAGCGGGAAGGACGAGCGCUGGGUGGUGGAGGAGCUGCUUCCCAAUCUGGAGCAGAGGGGUCCUCCUUUCCUGCGCCUCUGUCUGCACAGCAGGGACUUCCAGCUGGGGAAGGACAUUGUGGAGAACAUCACAGACAGCCUCUACCGGAGCCGCCACACUCUCUGCCUAGUCAGCCGCCACUACCUACGCAGUAACUGGUGCUCUCUGGAGAUGAAGCUGGCCACCUACAGGCUGCAGCUGGAGCAAAGGGACAUCCUCCUUCUGGUCUUCCUGGAGAAGAUCCCCCCUCGACAUCUGUCUGCCCACCACAGGCUGGCUCGCCUGCUGAAAACCAGGACUUAUCUGGACUGGCCCCAGGACCCCCUUCAGCACCAGGCAUUCUGGGACAGACUGUGGGCUAAACUGAAACCUCAGACCGAGCUUGAGAUCAGAGGUUGAUGUUGAACCAUGUGGACUGAAGCUAGACAUCAGCUGUUGAUGUAGAACCUUGUGAACUGAAAAGUGACAUCAGAGGUUGAUGUAGAACCUUGUGGACUGAAGCAUGAGAUCAGCGGUUGAUGUAGAACCUUGUGGACUGAAAUGUGACAUCAGAGGUUGAUGUAGAACCUUGGGUAUAGAAAUUUGACCAGAGGUUGAUGUAGGACUGUGUAGACUGACUUGUGUCUUCAGAGGUUGAUGUAGAACCUUGUGGACUGAAAUGUGACAUGAGAAGAUGAUGUUUAACCUUGUGGACUGAAAUGUGACAUGCAAUGUUGACACAUAUGUUGAGCUGUUGAAUUUGUUGUUAAAAGUCCUCCGUACAAAAUG